AUGUAUUGGGCUAGUGGCACGGCAAAAGCUUUAGAAUUACCACCGUUGACACAAAAAACUUAUGAGCAAGAAGAGCUAGAGAGCUCUACAGAUCAAACGGGAUCAUCAAGUCAACCAAAAAUCCUGGCUUUGAUUCGUAAUAAAUCUGGAAAUUUGUUUGUCACUUUAACAAGUACCUCGUUACAACUCUGGGGAUUUCGGCCAAUCGCCCUAAUAAGCCAAGUAUCCCGUACAAAAAAAUCCAUCGAAGAAUAUGGUGAGAAUCAAAAUGUAUUCUGGAAACCUGAUGGAAGUCUCGUCGUUGUGCAGACUUCCAGAAGUUGUCUUUUUACUUAUAACGUAAUACCGUUUGACGAUAAGAGCUAUAAAUACCAAUUUGGAAAUGUUUCUCAUCAUUAUACAACUGGUGCUGGCGAGGGAAAUGGAGUCAAAACUUAUUUAUUAAAGUUUAGGAUGACUAUUAGAAUUGAUGCUGGAAUGGAGGUAGCAAUUGGAACCGAAGAUUAUUUAAUUGUCACCACAAAAAGUCCACCUGCUAUUCAAUGUAUACCGUGGCAGGCAGAACCGGGAGCAACAAAGACUAAUAUUUUGGCUAGGCUUGAUUUCUUGCAUUAUAAAAAAGGGAUUACGCGCAUAGUAUAUGAUCGAAAGAUAAGUCUUUUUGGAUGGAUCACAUCCGAUGGUCGAGCAUAUGCUGUGCAAUUCAAUGAAAAUCCACCACUUCCUCCAGCGGGUGUAAAAAAUCCACCUAUAUAUUGGGCGGGAUUUUCUUUUCAUGAUGAAGGAUCUUCAAAAGCCACUUUUAUCGCCAUAAAUGCAAAAUUUUCAUUAUUGGCUGUUGGCACUGAAUCUGGAAUUGUAUAUAUAUAUUUUGCAAAGAAUUAUAAUGGAAGACCUGUGACGUCAAUCGCGUGGACUUCAGAUGGUUACGCGGUGGCUGUGGGUUGGCGAGAUGAAGGACUGGCUUUAUGGAGUGUUUAUGGAAGAUUACUUAUGACUAGUAUGAGCGAUGAUGGACCGCAGUCAUUACCUAAUAAUUUUCAAGAUCAAUUUUUAUGUGGUAUUGACAAUUUGUUUUGGGGUGUUGGCGAUUAUGAACUUUUCAUAUUACACACAAAACGGAAGGAAAACGAAUGUCAAAUAUACAGUUUACCGUUUGUAAAAUCUGCUGUUACGGGAUUUCAUAGCCCUGAUAACGCGAAACGCGGAUUUUUACAAAUGGAUGAUCGGCUUUUACUUUAUCGUGGUGGAGACCAGGAAGAUUUGAGUGCGAUUAAUCCGGACGCGAUUGUUUGGCAGCAUAUUUCGAUACCAAAUAUGUAUAUUACUGAUAAUUGGCCAAUAAAGUAUGCCUCUAUAAGUAGUGAUGGUAGAUAUAUAGCUAUUUCUGGUCGUCGUGGUUUAGCACAUUAUAAUGUAUCUUCUGAUCGGUGGAAACUUUUUGGAAACCAGCAACAGGAACAAGAAUUUGCGGUGCGUGGUGGAUUAUUAUGGUUCAAACAUAUUUUAGUGGUUGCAUGUGACAAUCUAAGAACGCAUACAAACGAGAUUAGAAUGUAUUCGCGAGAAACAAAAUUGGACAACAUUUACAUGAUCCAGAAUGUUCAAGUGCCUAGUAACAUACUCUACCUGAGCUUACUGGAUAACGCGUUACUCGCCUACUGCGGCGAUAAUAUGAUUUAUCAUUAUUUGUUGACUUCCGCUUCAUCGGAAACCACUGGUGGUGCUGGUGGAAAUUCAAUUGGACUUAAGUUAUGUCAGCAAAUUUCUUUCACUGGAGUCAUUCAUGCGCCUGCGAGAGUUAGAUCGAUUUCUUGGUUUCAGCCUAAAUCUCAUAAAUCUUUUACGCCGGAUAAUAUGCAAACCGCAUCAAUCAUAUUCCUAAUUGAUGGCAAACUAGUGUUAUUGCAUCCUCAAAAGAGCGAUGCUGGUGAAGUGCAAUAUGAUCUACACGUUCUCGCUGAUAAAAUUGAAUUUUAUUGGAUGGCGAAUCGUGGCGUGGGAAGCUUAAAAAACUCAUUAUGGGCUUGCGACGGGAAAGGAGUUAAAAUAUGGAUGAAUAUUUGGUCACAAGAAGAAAAAGCAAAGGAUUGGCAGAACGAUGUUUUGUUGUCGGCUAAUAAAGAAGGAUUGCAUAUUUUGCUAGAGUUUUAUCCAUUAUCUGUUCUCCUUGAUAAGGGAAUUAUUGUAGGUGUCGAGCAACAAACGUCUAUUCGCCAAUCGUUAGAAUUUGCUGUUUUCAAAUUGGCCACUAAUACACAUUUAUUUCUUCAGUAUAUCAUACGAUAUAUGUUAACACGAGAGCUUGAAGAUGAAGCGGUGGCAUUUGCAACAAGUUACCAAAAAUUAGUAUAUUUCGGACAUGCACUUGAAGUUCUCUUGCACCAAGUGCUGGAAGACGAAGCUGAAAAUUCAAUUGGGAAAGCAAAAGGUGCAGUCUUACCUCGCGUCAUAAGAUUUCUUAAUCAUUUCCCGCACGCGUUAGACGUGAUUGUUGGGUGCGCUCGUAAAACGGAAGUGGCAUUAUGGGAUUAUCUGUUCUCGAUUGUUGGAAGUCCUAAAGAUCUAUUUGAGAGAUGCAUGACUACUGGAUUCUUGAAAACUGCCACGUCGUAUCUUUUGGUGUUGCAUACCCUUGAACCUACAGCACAUAGUAGCGAGGAUACAAUACGUUUGCUUACAAGAGCGAUGGAAACUGAAGACUAUGAUCUGUGCACUGAACUAGUACGAUUUCUGAAUUCAAUAGAUGGAUCAGGAAAAACUUUGAAAGAUGCGUCAGUUAGUAUUAGAGCAUCCGCCGCGAAUAAUAAUAAUUCUAACAUCGAUGGCACGCGUUAG